CCUUCACCCAUUCGUCAUCCUUUGUCUACUUCCCCCAUUCAAGGACAACCUACUCUUUUUUUGUUGUUGUUGUCUUCCUAGUCUUAACACUCGAACAAGUCAGCAAGCAACGUUGACCCGGUUAGCUAGGCCCGCAUUCUAGUGAGCCUUUGCUCGCUCCACACUCUUUGCUAAUGCGCGUCUGAUCCAGGACCCAACCAAGGACGACAACAACCAAUCCUCUUGGCUCCGAAUUGGCCAUAUCGUAUUUACCCUCCCCUCAAUUUUUAUCUUGUACUCCAAAACGGCCUCACCCAUCGAAAAUCCCCGCUUGAAGCUGCUGCUUCUUUCUCUUUUACCGCCCGGACGCCAUGGAUCAAUGGCAGGGCUAUUCCGACGCCGCCGGCGGUUCUAGAAGAUAUAAUGGUGGCAAUCAAAUGACUCCGGGUAGAGAAUAUAGCCAGCCACCUACUCAAGUUCAGCCGCCUGUCGGUUUUAAAUAUGAUCAAUACCAGGGUACGAUGAAUUCGCAUGCUUCGCAACAAAGCGCGACUUCGCCCAUCACCACCCCGCAGUUACGCGAUGGGAAUGGUGACGUCCCUAUGCAGGACGUCCACGACCCUUACGGGGGUGUCAAAUACCCCAUGCGUCCCCAUCACCAAUCUCACCUCUCUGGUGGCCGACCUGCGAACCUUCACUCACCUUCCGAGCCUUCAGCUGCGGCCCAGCGGUAUUCGCCUAUGGAAGUACUAUCACCAACAUCGCCUUACGCACCUAAGACGGCUACAGCCCAACAGCAAUUUUCGACGUCCCACAGCCAGCGACAGUCGCCUACCCGAGGCGAAUACCAGCUUCAAGGCCCGUAUUCUUACAGCCGACAAAACUCUCAGCUUCCCCCGCUGGGGGGUUAUGCAGGCUCCCAGGAGAAUUAUCCGUCAUCCGGUGUGCCACCUUUGGAUGGUACCUAUGCUAAUGACCCUAAAUCGCCAAGAAGAGCGCUCCAGCCCACCAUCAAUGCGCCAGUCGAGAAACGACCGGUGCCCCAGUUUAAGAAGGUCGGGGCCGUGACGGAGUUACGACCCAAGGUCAACCACCAACCACCGUUCCGCCGCGCAAACCCGGAAGGAGGUUUCAUAAGUCCUCUCCAAGCUCUUACCGUCCAUCUUCCCGCGACCUACCGUAUAUGUAAUCCGAAUUUCAAAUACGAAUCCUCCCGCAAUCCGCGCCGUGUGUUGACAAAACCAAGCAAGGGGACGAAGAAUGAUGGUUAUGACAAUGAAGAUAGCGAUUAUAUUCUAUACGUCAACGAUAUCCUGGGUUCGGAAGAGGCCGGACACAAGAAUCGAUAUCUCAUAUUAGAUGUCCUUGGACAGGGUACCUUCGGACAGGUCGUCAAGUGCCAGAACUUGAAGACCCAAGAAGUUGUUGCUGUCAAGGUUAUCAAAAAUAGAACGGCCUAUUUCAACCAGAGUAUGAUGGAGGUGUCUGUCCUCGACUUGUUGAAUACGAAACUCGACAAGAAUGACGAUCAUCACCUUCUUCGACUUAAAGAUACAUUUAUACACCGACAACAUCUUUGCCUAGUAUUCGAGCUUCUGAGCGUCAACCUUUACGAGCUUAUCAAACAGAAUCAGUUCCGAGGUCUCAGUACGACACUCGUUCGUGUAUUCGCUCAGCAACUGCUGAAUGGUCUUGCUCUCCUCAACAAGGCGCGAUUAAUACAUUGCGACUUGAAACCCGAAAAUAUUCUGCUAAAAAAUCUCGAAAGCCCAAUCAUCAAGAUUAUCGAUUUUGGUUCGGCAUGUGACGAGAGGCAGACGGUGUAUACAUAUAUCCAGUCUCGAUUCUAUCGAUCACCUGAGGUAUUAUUAGGCCUCCCGUACUCUUCGGCAAUAGACAUGUGGUCGCUCGGCUGUAUUGUGGUCGAGCUCUUUUUGGGAUUGCCGUUGUUCCCGGGUUCGUCCGAGUACAACCAGGUCUCCAGAAUCGUCGAGAUGCUUGGAAACCCGCCGAACUGGAUGAUCGAAGUUGGCAAGCAAGCUGGCGAUUUCUUCGAAAAACGACAGGACGAAUUUGGCCGAAAGACGUACCAUCUCAAGAGUAUGGAGCAAUACUCAAGGGAGCGAGGAACGAAAGAACAACCUAGUAAGAAGUACUUUCAAGCGAGCACGCUCCCAGAGAUAAUCAAGUCGUACCCGAUGCCGAGGAAGAACAUGAAGCAAAGCGAAAUCGAUCGAGAAAUGAAUAACCGAAUCGCUUUCAUUGACUUCGUACGAGGUUUGCUAACUAUCAGCCCCUUGGAGAGAUGGUCCCCUCAACAGGCGAAACUCCAUCCAUUCAUCACACAGCAGAAAUUUACUGGUCCGUUUGUGCCACCGAUGAAUCUGAAAUCCAGCUCUCUCAACCGUUCUCCGGCUCCUGGAACCCAGCAGCAACAGCAGGCUGCCGAACUUAGCAAGCAGAGAGCGCAACAAGCCCAAGCCCAGGCUCAGGCUGCCGCGCAAGGCGCGUACGCGAUGCAAGCUGGCCAAUACCCAGCUGCUCCACACGGACAGCCUUCGAUGUACGGUAGCAAUGGUUUGUAUACUCCUGGAGGAAGUCACCCUGGCGCACCGCCUCCUUAUUCCGCCCAACAGUCUCCGUACGGAUCAAUGGUUAUGGGCCAACCACCCGCACAAAUGCCACCUGCGAAUUACGGUGCCGUUCCGCAGCCGAACCUAUACCAACAAGCUACGGUUCGAGCGGGCCGCCAACGCGCGUCCACGAUGGACCAACAACAGAGUGGUAUUCCUGCAGCCAUCCAGAGGGUUGCUAGCCAUCUAGAUCCGAGCCAACCCAUCAGAUUACAGCCCAGCCCGGCUUACUACCCGCCACCAGCCGAAGGAAUAGGUCUUACAGAUCCCGGAGCAGGUAGGGUAGCUGGCAGGAGAGAUAGUAGGUCACAAAGAGGUGGCGUUAGGAGCAACCGAGACUUUAUUCGCAAUUUGGAAGAGAGAACACUUGAAGAAGGCUUCAUGGGUGGUAGCGGCGGCCAAAGUCCGUGGGCAUGA